UAAAAAGAGAAUAAAAAAAUUCACCUUCCUUUUGUUUCUCUUCUUUCUUUCAACUCUAUAAAUAGCACACAACCAUUGAAAUUCCCCUCUUCAUUCUUCUAUUUAUCCCUCCAUCUCUUUCUCUUUCUCUCAUUCUCUCUAGCGUAAGAUAAACACAUUUAGGUGCUACUAAUGGGAAGUGUUGAAGCUGCAAACAAGGAUGCAAAUGGAAGCCUCACAGAGAAAAAUCCUUCAGUUGUUUUUGUCUUAGGUGGCCCAGGCAGUGGAAAGGGUACGCAAUGUGCAAAUAUUGUUGAUAAUUUUCAGUAUACUCACCUCAGUGCUGGGGAUCUUCUGCGAGCAGAAAUCAAAUCUGGUUCUGAGAAUGGUACAAUGAUUCAUAAUAUGAUUAAAGAAGGUAAAAUUGUUCCCUCUGAGGUAACAAUUAAGCUCUUACAAAAAGCAAUGAAGGAAAGUGGCAAUGACAAAUUUCUGAUUGAUGGUUUUCCCCGCAAUGAGGAAAAUCGUGCAGCAUUUGAGAAAGUGACAGGAAUAGAGCCAGCUUUUGUCCUAUAUUUUGAUUGCCCCGAGGAAGAGAUGGAGAGGCGACUUCUUAGUAGGAACCAGGGUCGAGAAGAUGACAAUAUUGAAACAAUAAGGAAGCGGUUCAAGGUGUUCUUGGAGUCUAGUCUUCCCGUGAUUAAUUAUUACGAUGCAAAAGGAAAAGUUCGCAAGAUCAACGCUGCAAGAUCUGUUGAAGAGGUAUUCGAGACUGUGAAAGGAAUUUUUGGUCCCAAGAAUGAGAAGGUAAAUCAUUAUGUUCGUCUUAUGUCAAAACUUUAUAUGUACAAGUUCCAUUUUGUAUCAAAGACAAAAUUUGGGAACCAUUGUCUUCCUUGUUAAUUAGUAAUGUACCUGUCUUGAUAGUAAAGUGUGUUGUAUACUAUAAUAAUUUCACUAAUGAUCGACUCCUGUCAUGCCUGAAUAUUUUAAGAUGUUUAAUUUUAUAUACAUUAUUAUGAUGUUAA